CCGCAAGACAACCAGCAUCUCAAAAUUAUCCGGGAUCCAACCCGGAAAAUCCACCGGCUCUUAGAUACGACGUUUAAGGGGGAGCCGUUAAUACGGCUUUUGCUCACUCCACACAGACCUGAGCCUUUUGAUUAUCAUCGUGGCCAUUCUGCAUUUCACGCCCCGAUUUCGGAUGUAUUGCAAAAGUAUUCAAAGUUGACGGAAAACAUUGCGCCCUCUUCGACAUCAGAACAGACAAAACGACAACCAGACUCCAAGGAUGCCACCGCACUGCGGAACCUGCUUCGAAAACAAUGGUGCCCACAAGCUGUUUCUUGUGACACACUUUAUUCGUUGGAAACUUCCUCUCGAAAAGUAUUUUCAACUGGACUGCCAAAGCUUGAUGAACUGCUCUCAGGUGGAAUACGUACUGGUGAACUAACAGAGCUGAUCGGCAAACCGGCGGUCGGAAAGACACAGUUUUGCUUGACGCUAUGCGCCGAACUUGUGAUAAAGUCUCCGACCGCAUCGAUACUGUACAUUGAUACUGGAGGGAACUUCAGCGCACCCAGGCUGUUGGAACUUUUACAAGUGUCUUUGAGCAAUGAAUCUGCUGCUGGUUUCAUGCAACGAAUCCGCUGUUGCGCAGCACCUGACAUAACCGGAUUAAUCGAAAUCCUUGUACAAACAAGACUACACCUCGCCAAGUCGUCCGGUCUUCAUCAAGCGAACACAGAGACGAACAUUAGUCAUUGGGAGCAGUUUUUCUUCAACCUCAAGUUGAUUAUUGUGGACAGUCUGGCUAUGCCGUUUCUACCCUUUAUGGGCGUUGUGCCGCAACAAGCGAAGGCACAAUUAUCUAUCGCCAUUAUGGAAAUCCAGCGAAUCGUCGUACUGCAAAACUGUGCGGUGGUAGCGACUAACCACGCUCGCUUUACCUCCACAGACACAGGUCCGUCUGCAGCAGAUGAUCCCUCAGCAGUGAUUGGUUGCUUGGGGGCCGGCUGGGCUGCUGCUCCACACAAGCGGCUCAUAUUUCAAAAACCCAAGCACAGCGUUGGCGAGCCCGAAGGGAAUCGUCUCACUGUCCGGAUUUCUCUAACCAAAGACGUGACCAAUCGAUUUUCUUGCUCCCCAGAUUGUGUUAAGUCGUGUGAGGUAACGCUAUAA